UUGGUUCGUUUAGUUCAAUUAUAUUUAUCCACCAUACUACCUAAACUUUUUAAAAUUUGAAAAGGCGUGAUCGUUUCAUUAUUAUUCUACUUCGUUUGGGGUUUUUAUUUAGUAGUAUAUUUCCAUUUAUUAUGAGUCCCCCAUUACACGUAGAGAUAGUUCAACAGAGACACAGUAGUCUUAAAAAAAACGACCUAAUAGAAAUGGUGCAUACUUUUCUGGCAAAUUUCACUAAUUUGAGACCUGGGACAACGUUGACGAAUAGUAACUUGGAGGAAGAUGUGAAACUUCUGGAGCAUGUUCAAUCUAUAACAUUUUGUGAUGCAGAUCAUGACUGUGACGUUGUUACCAGCGAAACGGAUCUAAUAUUCCAUGUUUAUAAAUUGGACUCUUUUGGAGCUGAAACCGACUCUCUUAGCGAAAAUUCUCCCGGCGAGGAAGUUGCCGUUGCAGAUGUAUGGACUCUGCCAACUGAAGAGUUUUAUGGCUUGUGGGAAAGCCUCAUAUAUGAUUCGAAACUAAAGGAAAAUUUAUUGAGGUUUGUGGAGACAUCUUUUCAAUUUAGUGAUCGAGGCGUCGAUCAUAACAUCGUUGGAUGGAACCGAGUAGUGCUAUUGCACGGGCCCCCGGGAACGGGUAAAACCAGUUUGUGUCGUGCGCUCGCCCAGAAAGUAGCGAUUCGUCUCGCUCACAAGUUUUCUAGAGCGCGCUUGCUCGAAAUUAAUGCGCACGGUUUAUUUUCGAAAUGGUUCUCAGAGAGCGGGAAACUGGUUGCUAAACUAUUUGAGCGUAUACGUGAAAUUAUCGAGGACCCCCGGGCGCUAACCUGCGUGCUAAUAGAUGAAGUAGAAUCGUUGGCGCACGCGCGACGCGCAGCGCUGGCUGGCCUAGAGCCGUCCGACUCCAUUCGGGCGGUUAAUGCGAUCUUGACUCAAUUAGAUAGAUUAAAACGACAUCCAAAUGUCUUGAUUUUGACUACAUCAAAUUUGACAGGAGCUAUAGAUGUAGCAUUUGUGGAUCGGGCGGACAUCAAGCGACUAGUGGGGCCGCCGUCGCAGCGAGCCACGUACGAGAUAUUACGCGGUUGUUGCGAGGAGCUCAUGGCGCGCGGCCUUAUAGCACCUAGUGAGCAAAUGUUUUCACUUCAGAUGCUUGAGGCGGGAGGUUUUACAGAGACGGAUGGAUCAAUUACUAGUCUCUGUCUUCAUAACAUAGCACAAGAAGCUGCGGCUUUAAACAUAUCGGCAAGAGCCUUACGUCGUUUACCUUUCCUCGCUCUAGCACUGCAUGUAAAACCGUCAAGCUCAAUGUCUUUGUCAAUGUUUUUGGAGGGACUGCGGGAAGCUCUCUCACAACACAUCCGUGACUUGACUGACUUUCACAAUGAUGUAGAGAAUUCAAUCCAAUAAUCACACUUGAACUCUAAUUUAAUAUAUGAAUGUCAGGUUUUUGUAGGUUAUUGUUUUAGCUAUUGUAAGUACAGUAUCAAGUAAUUUUGUGAUAUGUUAAUUUCUUGUAAAUGUGUAAGAUUUGACAACAAAGUCCCACUUGUUUUGUAUAA